AUGGAUGUGAAGGCAGAUAUAUGCGAGGAGGGUCUAGGUAUUUGUAACCAAUGUGAUGAGAGAUGCAAAGCCAAACACGGACCAACGGCCGAAAGCAGUUGCGACAGGUAUCAACUAUGCACGUGCCGUUACACGUGCGGGCCGCCUUCACCAUCUCCACCAUCCAAACAAUGCACUGGCGGGGCUGGCUUUUGCAGCACCACAUGUGGGAACCAGUGUUGCAAUCAAAGCUGUGCGCAAAAGUAUCCUGGUGGAGUUGGAUUCUGUGAGAACCUUGACCAUAGUUUAUUGUGCAAAUGCCAAUAUCCUUGCUAA